UCCGUAUUCACUUCGUGUAGUUUUACUUCCAAGAACAGUGCAGCUGUCAAAGGCGACUGAGUUGCACCGACAUGGACUAAAAAACAGCUAGUUUCUUUUACACACAGCUGUACGCGUUUACAUCUUUCCUCUUUACAUCUUUGAUUUGACCUCAGCCAGAUUCUCAGUAAAAGUAACUCAAUCACAAGGGGACCGUGAGGCCCAGGUCCCGUCCUCAUCCUCUUCCUUGUGCGAUGCCGAAGAGUGACACUUGGCCAGGCGGCGUUGCCAUGGAACCCUCGAGUAAUUUGGACAGUGCUGGGAGCUGCGACAGUGUAAUCAGCAUGAACUCUGGCGAUAGUGAAGACAGUAUGGAGCACUUAACAGCAGAAGAGAGAGCGUGUAUCAUGUAUCUGGAGGAAACAAUUGAAGCGUUGGAGGUGCAGGAGGACAGCGGCUUUUCGAACGAUGAACCAGAGGCUGGAUUACAGGCUGACACAAUGAGUCACAUGAGAAUAAAUGACAUUUCCAGUUUCAACACGGAUGAGUCCGGAAGACCGCUAACCAAUGGAGACAAAGCUGAGCAUCACAUUUCACAAACUCCAGAACCAGCGUCCUCUCCUGCAUUCGACACAAAUGAUCUCAACCUCAUGGCUCAACUAAACCCUCCAGUCACAGAAUCAGCCACUGAUGGCAAAAUUCACCCAACAGCUACUCAGUUGUGCAUAUCCAAGGAUGAGGAUGGUAAACUUAAAAUUGUCCCGAGUGACAGUCUUUCCCCCGAUCAGUCCAUUGGGGCCCCUGAGACAGAUGUGGGUGUGAUUCCUCCUCCCUCAGCCUUCAUGGAUGAGCCCUUUAAUCCUCCACAACCACAGAGGGUGAACUACCUUCCUCCAUCUGCAGAAAUACACAACCACCAGCCAGGAGGAAGUGUUGACUUGGAGGAGCUACGUCGGAGAGCCACUGAGCAGAGAUCUUCACAGAGCUUGCCUGUGAACAAGCAGCCGCCAAACAAUCAUCUGGAACUGAGUCUACCAGUUGUCAGCUCUGGCCCCCCUUUAAGUCCUCCGCCAUUAAGUCCUCCCCCUGAGGCCGCUGAGCCUAGAACUCCACCUGCUGUGGCCCCUAGGCCCAAGAAGCUUCCUUCCAACAUUAUUCUCAAAUCACACAAAACUGGCUAUGAUGGGAGCUCUGGAGUGUCGGUGUCCACUAACAGUGACCGGCAUUUGUCAGACCCUCAGAGGGUCCGCAUUGAGGCCCUACGGAAGCUCGGCCUUCUGCCUGCCGAGGCGGAUUCCGGCCCUGCCCUGAGUCCUAUACUUUCUCCCAAAACCAGAAAUUCAUGGGCUGCUCCUCCUUCUACAAUGAUUGCAGCAGCUCCAAAUACACCGCCCUUGACUCCAUCUUACAAUCGAGUACACACCCCACCUCCUGCCUCUGCUCCUCUCCACACUCCUGUAGCUGAACUGACAGCAGCUCCUCCUAAAGCUCCUGCAGACCUGCCUGCUGAGGUUCUCCCAGUGCCUGCUGCUUUCAGUGACACAGUCGAGCCUCCUCUGUCGGAUAACAUACUCUCUGCUCUCAAAGAUGCUUCAGAGGCCACAGGUUACGCUCAGGCGAACACGCCACCUCUUACCCCUCCUGCCCCAAUUAAACAUCUAACCCCACCAAAAGUCUUCAAAUCCGCCUCCCUGGAGCGUUCUAUACCUGGCCUACGCAGCUAUAUGGCAAGCCAAGAAUCCAACAAGGCGGGUGGUGAUCAGAGCCCCAGUCAGCUGCGUAACAAUCGGCCUCGUCCUGCCUCUCUGGGGAGUGGGAAAGAGUUCAUUGGUGCUCGGGGAGAUGGUUUUCAUGUUGGCCAUGUCAUCAGCAAAGAGCCAGACUUACGGCGGUCCCUGCAGGGACACACUGCCUUUCAGCACACUGGAAAUUCUCAGAAGCUGCCUCGAUCGCAGGGCAUCAGCGUGCUGAUCUGCCCUCGAUCAGAAAAUGAAGAAGACCGCCGCGAUGCUCUGAAAAAGUUGGGGCUGAUCAGGGACUAAGACAUCAAUGUUCACACUUACUAACUGCCGCGGUUUCCCUCAGAAAAUAUAUUUAAAGGAACAUACCAGAGAUUCAUACAUGAUUGAUGAAGGCAUGGAAAAGACUUUCGAGAAGCAGCUUAACCACAUAAUUAUGCUCUUUCAUUUGUACUUAAUUAAGCACGAGACUGACACGCAUGUCUUGAAUAUAUUGGCCCGCACUUGCAUCUACUAUAAUGGGACAGCCAUUUGUACAGUGUUUUAUUUCUCAUAAAACUGGCAAUCAAGAACUUUUCGAAUACACACUCACUUAGUGUAGCUGCGGUUUUGUAAAUUAAAAAUACUGUUACUUUUAAAAAGGGAUUGACUUAUUUUAUCAUUUUAAUAUACAGUAUGUCUUGGGAUCUACAUGCAUAAACAUGUUUGUAUGUCUUUCACCAGUUGUUCUUUACAGUUCUUUUGGCGGUUAGUUCCUCUCUUUGUUCUCCAUUUACAUACUCUCAAAGGUCACCUUUCUUCACUUUCACUUCCUAAAAUUCUUUGGAUUUUUCUGCUUUGUUGACCAAAGGACCUAGCUAAUAUGUAGGUGUUUGUGUGCUUAACAUGUGCUGCAGUGACCCUGUAUUGCUCAGUGCAGUUUGUCAAACCAGAGGAUUUUGCAUUAAAAUUAAAGAGUGUAUAUGAAAUGAAUAAAAAAAGUGGAAAGCAUUUACUGUAUAGCUAGAACAUCCCUUAGAGUAACUCAAAGCACAUAAUAGGCGGCCACUAGGUGAUAAGAAUUUGAAACACGCAGUUUUUGUGGUUGCUUGGUGACGCACACGGCAAAACUUAUGAGCUUGUUACACAGCGGAUUUAUGUGGUGGCAAUUGUUGACCCAAAAACUUUUAUUAGGUGCACAGAGAGUUUAAUUUUUUUUAUCAUACACUGUUCCUUCAAUGCAUACAAGUCACACAUUUACUUUAUUUACAUUUCUAAUAUAUCAUUACGCUCUGGUGGCAUGUGAAGUAUUGGCACUCAUAAGUCAUGUGAAAUCACAAACAGACAGACGUUCUCUGCCGCAGCAUUAGCACCUUUUUAAUCUGAUGUGAUAGCGAUAGAACUGGUACAGACCUGUUUUCCCGCCUCCAAGUCUAGCCUUGUGCAACAACUUUGCUGCUCUUGGUGGCACAUUUACAAGCAUACAGUACGUCUGGAAAGCAUUUUAUCACUGCUGCAGGCUUUCAGAGACAAAUAGAUUUGCUCUUUUCUCUAACACGGUGUUAAGGUCACCUACUGCUAUGAAAAUUAGCUCAAUUUAAAAGACAACUCUGAAUAGUUAUUUGCACGAGAUGACUGUACUAUGGAGUUUGUAGAGAAGGCGGCAAAAGUGUUUGAAUCAACUCAUUUUUUCCAUAUUUGGACCAGAAUAUUGACUUUUCAGACAAUGUUGAAGGCCUGCCACAUCAAAACGAUACCAGUAUGUUGCCAGUGCAGCGGUGAAGUGUGUCCACACUGAUAAUCAUUUCUCUUAUCGCAUUUGUUUGUGCAAUUAAAGCUACUUGACUUACA